GCCCCGCCUGCUGCGCUCCGCUACAGCUAGUGCGCUCGGCUCCGCCCAGUGCGCCCGGCCCGCCUGCUGCGCUCGGCCCCUCACUCCCGAUGUGACGCAGGAGGUGGCACUGGCACCGGGCACCCGGCACGCACCGAAGUUCUGCGCCCGCUCCUACCCAGUGCUCUCGGCUCCACACAGAUCCCGGUGUUCCGGACAGCGGCACGCGCGCGCGCCCAGGGGCGGGGCUUUGCGCACGGCCCGCCUCCUGCCUACAAAAGAGCCCGGGCCGGCUGGCUCCACAGCUCUCCAGACAGCUGCUGCUCAUCCUCAUCUGUCGGCCCGAACUCCGCACCUCUCUGCCACAUGGACCCCAACUGCUCCGGCUGCGCUGGCGGCGCCUGCAGCUGCGCGGACUCCUGCAAGUGCAAAGACUGCAAAUGCAGCUCCUGCAAGAAGAGCUGCUGCUCCUGCUGCCCCGUGGGCUGUGCCAAGUGUGCCCAGGGCUGUGUGUGCAAAGGGGCGCCGUCGGACAAGUGCAGCUGCUGCGCCUGAGAUGGGGGGCGGGAAGGACCCCCUGGUGUAAAUAGAACAUUCCUAUGUGCCCCCUUGUCCUUGGCUGCCCUCUUUUUACUAUGAACAAUGUGAAUGACAAUAAAAGUUAUUGAAUGGA